CAUCUGAGACAGAUUCAAUGACAGAUGGCAAAUCAAACUGAGCUGUUGUGUUUGUUUCAUCGAAAUUAAAGUGUUGUUAUAUACGGACAAAAAAGAAACAAAAAUCAUUACAUUUUCAAGUUUGAAGUGGAUUGUUGCUCUGCACACUGGCUGUUGAUAAUGCGUCGGGAAUGGCUGACAAAUAUCAUUUGGAUUUAAACUCAAAUGAAAUGUGCCGAAAUUGCUUGGCGCGAAAUUGUCAACUAAAAUCAUUGUUUCGCUGCGAUAUCAUUGACGGAGAUGUUUGGCCCAUUCCAAAAGUGUACAAAAAUGUUACGAACAUUACGAUAAUCGAAAAUGACAACUUUCCACAAAAUAUUUGUACAAAAUGUGAGUCGACAAUGUUUGAAGCGUUCACGUUCAAACAGAAAAGUGUGAAAUCACAUAAUUUACUGCGAAAAAUCCUAAAAAUUUCGCCAGACGAUGAGGCUGACGUAUUUCUAACACCUCUACCAGCGGAACGAAGAUCUCAAUCAACACAAAUUCCUAGUGAUAUUGAUGAAUCGGACAUAUUAGCUGUUGAGGUCAAUGUCAACGAAGCAAAUUCCGAACAAAGCAAACAGGAACAAUUUCCAUCUGAUUAUGUCGAAGAGAGUGAAGAGUCUGAGGAUGUUUGGCAACUUGUUUAUUUGACAAAUGCCGAAAAUGAAGACACUGAUCCAAUGCAAGACCAAGAGAUUCGUGAGAAUGAAAACACCGACCCACUUGAGGAGGAAGAGGUGCAAAACCGGUUUUUAUUGGAUUUGGCGGAAAGCGUCGAUUGUGAAUAUUGCAACGAACAAGUAUUGGAGCCCCUCAUGAAAAGUCAUUUGAAAGAACAUGCAAAAAUUAUGCCAUUUCUGCUCGGCUCGAUGGAUUUUUUUCGAUGUAGUCGAUGUUUGACCGCUUUUCCAUUCAUCGGAAGUCUGAUGGAACAUGUUGACGCCGAUGAAGGGUGUCAACAAUCAUUGGAACUGAAUAGAGUGGACACAUGCACCGACUAUCAGUAUUUAGCCAAUGAUCCAAUGAUUCGCCUAUUUUCCACUUGCAAAAACAUUGAUACCAAUACAUUUUCAUGCAGUUUAUGCACUUUAGACUUUGAAGAUUUACUAGCAUUUCAAAUGCAUUUUGAGGACGAACAUUUGUCAAGCUUAGAUUGCCAUCCCGAGUACUUUCACACCGAAUUGGCACACACAUGUGGCAUAUGUGAAAGUGUGUUCAAAAACCUCAAAGACUGCCUUCAUCACAUCUACUUUCACCAAGCCGAAUACACAUGCAUGGAAAGCGACUGUGAUCAUGUUGCCAGCACUUUCUCACUAUUAUACUUCCAUUUGAUACGCGGUCACUCACAACGAACACGUACAUUCGAAUGCACGCACUGUACAUACGAUGCUAAAAAUGUUGCGGAUUUGAAGGAACAUCAACGGAGCACGUGUCCUGCACGCAAUAUCAAGUGUGAAGCUUGCGGAAAAUCAUUCUAUAAAAAGAGCACCUUAACCAUGCACAUGAGAACACAUACGAAUGAACGACGAUAUUCGUGUUACUAUUGUGAAAAGGCAUUUCUACAGAACAACGAUUUGGCCAAUCAUCUGAGGACGCACACGCUCGAGCGACCAUUCAAAUGUAAACUGUGUGAUGCACGAUUUAAGACUGUCGGUCAGCGAAUUGGCCACGAAAUCACACACACCACUGAGAAUAACUUUGAGUGCAACAUAUGUCAAAAAAGGUUCAAGUCAGCCCGAAUUUUGCGUGGUCACAAAAAAAUCCAUGGUGAACGACAAUUCCACUGUGAUUUGUGCAGCAAAAAUUUCAAUCGCAAAUAUCAUCUUACUCUCCAUAUGAAACGGCACGACAAGCCAACAGCGGCGACGACGACGUCCAAAACGAAAAAAUAAACAAAAUAUCAUCGUCAAGAUGUAGAGUACGAAGCAGAAUUUUUUGGAUCAUUUUAAUAUCGCCUGAUUAUUUUAGUAAAAAAUUCCAUUCUAGAAUUAUUUUUGUAAAUGAUAUGAAUUCUUUACCAAUUCUGGUUUUUGAUGAUGGUUUUGGUUUUUCUUAAUUUGGCGCCAAUUAUUAUCAUUUCUAUUAAAUCAAAAUACUUUAUUAUUUUAUCCCUUUAUUAUCCCUAUUUUUGAAUACAUAUGUUAACGUACAAUAAAA